ACAACAACUUGAAAAAUAACGAAUUCCAGAAGAAGAUAGAACGUCACGAGUCCAUAUACGUGUCAUAUCGAUUACGUUAACAGUUUUUAGUGACAUGUGUUGAGUUGCAGGCCCUGAAAACUGAAAAAGUGUAUUAAAAAAAAGUCGUAACAUUCGGAAUUGACUAGGUUGGUUGUGCGAGAGAUUAUAAAUGUCAGAUACGUAUUGUUUUUGUGAAUCGUGUGCGCCAGUUGUCGUGUUAAAAAUUACGCCAUUUCCGUAAAAGGGGAACGUGUGAAACGGACGCACACGAAAACACACAUGUUCAGGGUUACAUUGCCGAUAUGUAAACCGAACGAUGAUAUCGAAUAGUUCGCAGUCUUACAAGUUGAAAACUUCGAAGAGUUCCAGUUUUCAGGAUAACAAUCAUCAGGUGGACGAUGUUGUAGAAGACGAAAGCGUGGAUGGUGACGCGGCCCCAUCCGGGGACGCUAAUCGUAGAUAUCAGGUCUAUAAUAAUGGUCGAGAUGGUCGGUACAGAGGCAUCAAAACCAGACAAAAUAAUAACCGUAGCACGGAAAGAAGGAAUUUUAUUAGGGGAGGAAGAGGUGGUUCGACACCAUCGAGGAGAGGUGAACGCGAUUAUAAUGAAGGUGUUUAUAUUAUUGGAAGGAAAUAUCAAGAUGCGUUGAAUAGAAACAGUGGUACGUAUCAUCCUUCAAAAUAUUAUGAAAAUGACAAGAAAGAAAUUAAAUUUAAUUUGCCUGAGGAUACAAGAAUAUCAAAAUUAUUGAGAAGGUUAAAUAUCGAAGAGGAUCCAGAUAAUUCCCUUGUUAUUUCAAAGAAGCUUUUAGAAGUUUUAUUAAUCCCUGAUAAUUCUAUUUAUGUUAAAAAGGCUUUCCAUAUAUUAUGUGAAUCUAUGUUGGAUAUAUUAAGAGUCGCCCCCGGUCCAACAGCGAAAUGUCAAGCUGCAAGGGCUUUAGGUCGAAUGGGUUACAUUAUGGGGCAAGAAAUCGAUUUUGAAAGAUUCCAAACUUGGUUAUUUUCUAAAAUUCCCACCAAUUCAGACAAUUUAACUUACUUAUUCAUGAAAGCAUUUUUAGAAACGUUAUCACUCGAAAAGAAAAAACCCGUUUUGCAAAAACAUUCAGCGUGGUUAAUGAAAAAAAUCGUUUCAACCAUUGAAAAUACCGAUAACAUCGACGUUUUUAAAACGGGCCUUGAAGUCUUGGUAAACUUAGUCGAGUUGUACCCCGAUGAUUUUUAUCCGUUAUUUAGGGACACCACAGAUAUAGUGAUCGGUUGGCACGUGGACCAUACCCAAUUAUUAUCAAACAUAGAGUUUAUCUCGAAAUCGAUGCAAAAAUUUUCGAAAUAUUUCCAAUUAAACAUCGAUUUUUCGGUCACGUUACUUUUACAUUUCAUGGAAGAUAUCGAAACUUAUAGUAACCAAUUAAAAAUUGAAAAAGAUUCGGAUACCAUCUCCGCCAUAGAUCACUUAACGGUCUUUGUGCUCGCCUUAAACACCGUUUUGAAAUCGCUCGGACAAGACGUGUUUAAUCCAAAAAACGAGAACAUCACAACAAAAUUCGUCACCGAUUGUUUAGAAAAAAUCGUCGCAACUUUAAUUAAAGCGCUAACCCCGGCGACUUUUUCACUCGAUAAUUUAACAAUCGCGGGAAAUGAAAGUAUCGGGUUGUUAUUAUCGGUGAAUUACACGAAACCGAUUCAUUUGUGUAACUCUAUCUUAACACUCGUCGAUUUGGAAUUGUCGAUGAUUAAUGAAUUUUCCGACGCGACGAUUAUCUCGGUUAUGUUGAUGAUUUCGAAAGUUAUUAAAGAACUCUCUGCUAGUUUACCAGUUGAACUUAUCCCGAAAUUAUUAGGACCCGAAUCGGAAAUUGUUAAAUUAAGAAGAUCAUCUUGCGAAAAUAUUUUAGAAGCCAUCGUUUCCGUUUAUCAAUCAUUACUUAAUAUGAAAAAUAUUCCGCUAUUACAAGAGGCUUAUCGAUACAUUUUGGGCGAUUUAGAACUUGUUUAUAAAUAUUUCGUACCAAUAUCACCUUUAUGUAGUAAUAACCCCUUUAUGGAGGUAUCUUGUUCGAUUGGGGAAGCUGAAAAUAUGAUUUUAUUUCUAUUCAAGUGUUUAUCCCAAUUAGCGAACGUAAGCGGAUCAAUAAUUGGGAUGUGGGCUCUUAGACCAAGCAUUUUAGAAUUAUUAGGAGUCCUCCUUGAACCAUACAAUGAAAAUUUGUCAAAAUCGAACCCAAUUCUCCAAUACAGCCUAUUAUACCUAUUAUUCUCACACUGCAGAUGCUACAACUACUUUAUCUCAAAUUCAAGCUUAGUUACCGAUAAAUUCAACAUAAUCGGCCAUUUGGGAUUACCCGAAACUUUUACAAUAGACGACGUUGGAAAAUCACCGAAUUCGGGGCAUUUCCCCAUCGUUUUAAACGUUUUAUACAAAACAUUAUUAACAAAACCUUGCACCGAAACCAUUCUUUUACUCCUAAAUUGGUUCGAGGAUGUUUUAAUUUACGCCGAACCUUACUUAGAAGUCUUUUACGACACCAACGAAUUUAGACAACUAGUCGAAAUCACUCUUAAAAGCGGCUACUCAAAAAUCGAUAACGUAAUAUUAACCGUUUGCAAAAACUUAGACAAAUUAUUAAGCAACAAACGAUUAGCUUUCCCCAACGCAUUUUUAACCAACAUAAACGAGCUUUGCGUUUUACACAUGACCUCAAACAACCCAGAAGUGCGUCAAAAUUACACCAAGUUAUCCGUAAACAUCCCAUGGGAUAUCGCCGUAAAAGAAUUCGGGAAAUUAUACACCAUAGAUAAAGCGAAACAAAUUUAUGGGAACUCAAUAAGUCGUUACAACGUUUACACUUGCGUUUUAGCCCAACAUUUACACGUUUACGGCUCGAUGUACGGCGAAAUGCUUCCGUUUCAAUUAAAAUCGUUCAUGAAUUACCUCUUAAAGAACGAAAUGUCCUCGGAAAAAUGGUUGGAAGAUAUCUUUAUUAUUUGUUGGUACAUUGACGCGGAAAAUCAAAUUUCACCGUACACAACGCAAUUUUAUGAUUUGGCGUUAAAAUCGAAAUCGGUUUUGCAAAGUUGGGCCACCUGGGAAGCGGCUCAAUUUUGCGUUAACACGAAAUUAAGAACGCCGUUGGGAAAACCGAACGAAACGUUCACCAGUUUUGAGAUAAGCUUAAAAAAUACGCUAAAAGAUUUGGUUAAGGUGAAAGAAAACGCGGAUUACGAAGUUAUCCCCGGAGCCGUUGAUGAAUCAAAAAUUUAUCAAGUUAGAUUAUUAUUACAAUUCAUGGAUCAUUUAGAAAUCAGUAUUUAUAACGCUUACGAAGGAUCGGCGAUUGCGAUUCCUCAGCCGACGAAACCCGUUCGGACGUUUUUUAACACGAAUUCAUCAACGUGUAAAGAGUGGUUAUCGAGGAUUCGUCCGACGAUUAUACAGCUUGGAUUACACGCGGGGCAAUCUGCGUUUGUUUAUCGGCAUUGUCAAAUACUGAUUAAGGAUUUAGUUGAUGGUAAUCAAAUUGAAACGCCGGAAUUUGAACAAACCGUUAUGUUAACAGCGUUAUCUUUGUUAAAUAUGCACGAAAGUGAUUGCUUACAAGGACUUUAUGUGUUUUGUAAAAAAAAUGGGAAAGAAAUUAAUUGGAUAAAAGCUUGCGUCGAUCAAGCGUCCCAAAGGUACGAAUUAGCCGUUGAUGGGUAUAAAAAAUCGAUCAAUAAAGAGUUGCCGAAUUUUAUUAAACAAUUUAUUUACGACCAAAUCAUUUUUUGUUUGAAACAAAUUAAUAAUUGGUAUGAUAUUGUGAUGUGGCAAGAUGAAGCUGAGAAUUAUUUGGGGGAAGAUUAUCAAUGCCCGAAACAUUCUUACAGCACUUGGUCGCGCGAUUGUUUUAUUUCGCUCUUCGAAAUGGAAACGGGAAAUGUUUUAACCGAAUUAUCCUCAUGGGAGGAAUCCCCAACGUGGAAAACUUGGAGUUGCCAAGAUGUUUUGUGCCAAUCGGAAAUGGCCGUUUAUAAUACAGCGUUUAAUAUUUUAAGGGGCGAUAAAGAAACAACAUUAAACAUCUUAGAUUUGAAUUUAAAUAAGAUCCAUUGGGUUAUGCAAGCCGAAUUAUUAGCUUUACCAUCGGAGUAUUUACAAAAUUAUUGUUUAUUAAACUACAUAACUCACGGGUUAAAAAAUAUCGUUAAUAACUCCCCGGUUAGUAACGUUUUAUUGGUUUCUGAGAAUUUUGAGCAUGAAAUCGACAACGUUGAUUCGUGCGUUUUAUCGAAGAUUUUAUGGUGGUCGGAGUAUUUCGCGAAAAUACAAAAUCAAGGAUUUAGCCUGUUCUGCAGCAAUUUAAGAUUAAACGUGAUUAAAAGAGCCCGCAAAGAAAAGAAUUACAACUUAGCCGUGCGGCAUUUGUACCAUUUCCUUCAAGAAAAAGAUAUGGUAUCUCCAAUUGAAAAUUCGGGCUCAAUUUUAAUCGAUAUCACAAACUCGCUUAUUAAAAAAAUCCCAGAUUUUACGAUGUGGUCGCUUGAUACAGCGAAAGCAGUCCAAGAAAUGAUCAAAUUAUUGUACGUAAACUCCGAGCAUCGACCCCUAACUUUCAAUUUAUGUGCAAUAUCUUCUACGUCGAUAUCAAAGUGUGCGGAUAGAUUCGGCGGGAGCGAAUUAAAAUACAUAAGUAGUAAAAUUUUAAUGAAAUUAGCGAAUUGGUUGCAAGUGAACGAGCAAGUUUCGAUUACAGAGCUUGAUAGCCCCUUAGGAAAAUUUUUAACAGUUUUGCCCGAAAUUGGAACUGCGGAAUACAUGAACAUAAUCCCGCUAACCGAAAUGGCCAUCGGGAAAUUGUUACAAUUCAGCGUCCAACAAUGUAAUCAAACGUUAGCGAAAAGUUGGAACGCUUACGGCACUUGGUGUUAUCGUUGGGGGCGAAAAGUCGUCGAUUCGACCAGCACGGAAUUAUCCAACAUAUUAACCGAAGAAGACCAAACGAAAAUCCAACAAGUUUUACCCCCAGAUUCAAAACCCGACGAUUUAAGAAGAAUUUAUUUAAUCCUAUCUCAAGUGAGAGUCUUCAUAGACGAAGAAGACAUCGAUUCAAACGAAAUAAACACCUCCGAAAUGAUUAAAAGCCAAUUACAAAACGUUCCCGUGCUAUCAAACGCAUCAGAAAACGAAAUCCAAAGUUUAGUCCAAAUAUGGAGAACCAUCCAUAAAAGAGUUUUCGAAUAUUACGAAUUAAGCGCGGAAGCUUAUUUCAAAUAUCUCCAUUUAACAACAAAUAAUGAGUAUUUCACCCAAAGCACCGAAUCAAACAUCGUUACGGUAACUUUAAGAUUAUUACGAUUAAUUGUAAAACACGCCUUGGAGCUUCAAGAUGUUUUAGAGGAGGGUUUAAGAAGCACCCCAACUCAACCGUGGAAAAUUAUCAUCCCGCAACUUUUUUCGAGAUUAAAUCACCCCGAAAACUACGUCAGACAAAGAGUUUCCGAGUUAUUAUGUCGAAUAGCCGAGGAUGCCCCUCAUCUCAUCAUGUUUCCCGCGGUUGUUGGUGCUUUAGAAGGUGGGGUUAAAUUCGAUUUCUCCGAAAUUUCCCUCCCGAAAGAUUGUUUGUCCCAAAAUAACGAAAAUAACGACGACACCGAAGACGAAAUCGAAGACAGUUAUGAUAGCGAGAAUGAUGAUUCUAAAAACGUUUUGCAAUCGUGUUUUAAAUCGAUGGUGGACACUUUAAGUAAACAAGCGCCGGAGACGAUUAACGAGGUGCAAGUUUUAGUGAAAGAGUUGCGAAGAAUUAUUUUGUUGUGGGAUGAAUUGUGGUUGGGUACUUUAGCCCAACACCACGGCGAAAUUAAUAAGAGGCAACAACAAUUAGAAGUUGAAAUCGAUAAGGUCCACGCAAACCCUCAUUUGAGUUACGAGGAAAAAUCAAGUUUAAUAACCGAAAAACACCGGAUUAUUAUCAAGCCGAUUAUUUUUAUUUUAGAACAAUUAAAUGAUAUAACUAGUCGUGAGCCGGAAACUCCGCACGAAAAACAAUUUCAAGAACAAUAUUCCCAAUUAAUAAUCGACACUUUAGCGAAAUUAAAAAAUCCCGGUAAUUCAGAUAAACCACAAGAAUCUUGGGCGUUACUUAAAGACCUCCAAACGAAAUUCCAACAAAAAGCACAUAAACGAACAUCGUAUUCGUUAAAAAUGACCGAAAUUAGCCCGGUUUUAGCCGGGAUGAAAAACACGAUGAUAGCAAUGCCCGGUUUAGUUUCUACUAAACACAAAAUAAAUAUAUCACAUGUUUCUAAUCACGUUUCGAUUUUACCGACGAAAACGAAACCGAAGAAAUUAGUUUUUCAUGGAUCCGAUGGCCACACGUACACCUAUUUGUUUAAAGGAUUAGAAGAUCUUCAUUUAGACGAAAGAAUAAUGCAAUUUUUAAGUAUUACCAACACCAUGAUGGCUCAAAAUAAAGACGGAUUAGAACAAAAAUUAUAUAACGCGAGAUAUUACUCCGUUAUUCCAUUAGGACCUCGUUCCGGUUUGAUAAGUUGGGUGGAUGGAACCACACCGGUUUUUGCUUUGUACAAAAGAUGGCAACAAAGAGAAUCGGCGAAAUCUUCGAAAUCAUCAAGUAGUAGCACCUCAGUUUUAAGACCAUCCGAAUUAUUUUAUAACAAAUUAAAUCCGUUAUUACAAGAACAUGGUGUAAAAAAUGUUGAUAACCGAAAAGAAUGGCCUUUGGUUGUGUUAAAAAAAGUUUUAACUGAAUUAAUGAACGAAACACCCAGCGAUUUAUUAGCUAAAGAGUUAUGGUGUCAUUCUGUUAAUGCUGCAGCUUGGUGGCAUAUGGUGCGAAAAUAUUCUUAUUCCGUGGCGGUUAUGAGUAUUAUUGGGUAUAUUAUUGGAUUGGGAGAUCGCCAUUUAGAUAAUGUUUUGGUUGAUUUAACCAGCGGGGAUGUUGUCCAUAUCGAUUAUAAUGUGUGUUUUGAAAAGGGAAAAGCACUUCGAGUACCGGAAAAAGUUCCAUUUAGAUUAACACCGAAUAUCCGCGAUACUUUGGGAGUUACAGGAGUUGAGGGUAUUUUCCGAAUGGCUUGUGAAAAUGUAUUGAGAACAAUGAAAAAAGGAAGAGAAACAUUGUUAACACUCUUAGAAGCUUUCGUUUACGACCCCCUAAUAGAUUGGACCCUUGGAGUUGAAGGAUUAGCCGGAACGAUUUUUGGGGGAGUUCCCGGAAGUGCUACGAGUCGACAAACAAGAAAAGAUUUGGAACGAGAGGUUACUUUAGCUAUGUACAACGUUAGGUGUACUGAAGUUAAAAUAGAUUGGAAUAAAAAUCGCGAUGAUAUUUUAAACAAUCUCCCUAUUUUAGACGAGUUAUUAACGAAGUGGUUGAAUGAAUCUAAGACAUGUUCUCAAGUUCAAGAAUUGCUGCAAGAUCUUCAUCAACAAAUGGCGCUUGUUAAAGAGGCUGAAGCGAAUGGAAUAUCGAAACAUUCGUUGUAUUCGUUACCCAAUCGAUAUAAUAAAUAUAAACAAGCUCAAGAUUCUAUAGCUAAUGCCAAAAAAGAUUUGGACUCUUUAAUUAAAGAUUGUGGUGCUAAAGGUCAAAGAUACACCGAAGCUUUGUUGAUAUUGGAAGGUCAACAAUUCCCGCAAUGGUUGAUGGAAUUAAACGCGAGUUUUGAGGCGGAACAUCAAUGGGCUUUUGAUAUUGUAAAGGACUUUUUACAAAACGCCGGCCAAUCGACGAUGUUGGCACAAUGCGAGCAAUCAGAAAAAGAUAUAGAUCAGUUAUCAAAGCAACAAAUUUUAUUAACAAUUAAGUGUUUGCAAUCGUUACAAGAAUAUACGGCGAUUAUCCAACAAUGUCCACCUAAUUUUUUGAAAAGACACAGAAUAAACGCUUUUGCAAGGUGGUGCAGGUACCUUCAAGAGACAACAAAUUUAACCGGUUGCGAUAUAGUUUAUACAGAAUUCGUACAAUUUAUUGAACAAAACAACGACACGACAGUAAAAAACGCUUUAAAAUUCGCGUACCAAUUAAACGUGCUUUCAACAGAAACGGCGUCUCAAUUAGCAAAAGCUUUAGAUGAUUUCACCAAAAUCCACACCGAACCAGGCGUUUUAGAUCGAAUGUAUAAUGACGCAAAAUUGGGAGUUCUCAACUUUUUGCGACAAGAAAAAUACGCCGCGAAAGCUUUUGAAUUUGUAAUUAUAAGCGAAUUGCUGCUUUUAAAUCAACAUUUUCUUGGCAUCGAAAGAGCCGCUUCAAGACGAGGCGAUUGGUUAUUGAAAUUAUCCGCUGCUGAUAACGUUUGGUUACUGGAAGAUCUUACUUAUCAAAGCGAUAAAGCCAUGGAGCUUUUAAGCUAUUUGUUUUUGUGCACGAAUAAUGCUGCCGAUAAAUUAGAGGAUCCCACUUUUAAACAUAUCUAUAAUGUUUUAACGUGUUGUAAUUGCAUGUAUAAAGGGUUGCAAGAGUUGUACUUUAAUUUCCAUACGAUUAUUUUACCGGAAUCUAUGAAAAAAAUACAAUGUUGCGAUGUGAGCGUUUUGGAAAUUAUUAAUGAAUUGAAUAGUUUGAUUCAUGGAGUUGGGAUGUCUUUACCGGAUAUUGUGGCGCAUUUAGAGAAUAAUUUGAAGUGUACUGUUAUGGAAAUGGAUAUAAGUUCAUCUGGUGAUUACGUAUUAGAAAAAAUAAAGGAAUUAAAAUUAAAUUUUGAAGCCCUCGUUCAUUCCUCGCAAGAAUACACUUUAAAUCUUGGUAAAAUGCUCUUGAUGGGAUUUAAUGGUUUAUUUCAAAAAGUUAACGUCGAAUAUAACAAUUUAAUGGAAGUCCUUUGCACCUUAGAAGUCCCUUUGGCGUGGAAAAAAAUCGAUCAUGUCAAAGACGCAAAAUCUUUAGCCGCCCCAACUUUAAAUCCAUCGGUUAAAACGAUUCUUGAAGACAUCUUCUUAAUUAAACGUAUUCAAGCGAUCGCAGAUUUCUUUAAUAUCUGCGUCGAAAUGUGCCAAGGUUUUAAAGGCACCGGUCAAAGCGUUGUUUUUAACGACGAACAAAUUAUUAAGCCAGUUCGAAAAUACAUCGCCGAUUUUAUUGGGAGACAAUUUUUGGGGGUUACAACGGAAGUUUUAGCCUACUCAAUAUGUUCUUUAUUACAAACGUUGGGUUUAGACGUAACUAAUGAAAUCGAACAGAAAGAUAUUGGUGCUGAAAAUAAAGUUCCCUUAGAUGAAUUAUCCCAUAAAGGAUGGGGAUCCUUUGUUAAACACGGAACCUUCACCCAAAACGUUUUGGCACAAGCCUCUAGCUUAGAAACAAACAUGAGAACAGCUUGGGAACGGAUGCAAGAACCCAAAAAAUACGACCGAAACUUAAAUUUAUUACAAUCAUCGUUAAAACGAUUACAAAAUCAAGUUAUGAUGACAAAUUGGAUGUUCGAAGAUCUUUUAAAUCAACAUAAUUGGUAUCAAAACGGUUCGAUUAUUAAUCGCAGCAAAUUUAUACUCGAUUUAAAAAAUGAAUCGUCCGCUUUAACUACGGUUCAAUUGAAAUUAAGCGAAGCCCUAGAAUUACAAAAACCGCUAAUAAACAGCGUUGAACAACGUUUAAAAUGGGCAUCCGGUGCUAAUCCAGAUUUAAACGAAAAAUUAUCCAAAUUCGAACUCGCUUUAAGCGCGUACGAAGAAAAGUUAAAAUCCGAACAUCAAAUAACCAACAUUGUUUUAACCACGUGUCGCACGAUUCUCCAACAUGAAAUGUUAAGGAGCCAUACGGCCGAAACGAAAGCGUUCGAUCAAUUAUUUUUAACAACCUGCGAAAAAUGGCGGGUUGUGUGCCAAUUUAACUCGAUGAAAGUCGAAAAUGUAAGCGAAAUCGAAGAGAACAUUAUGAAACUAUACACACCUAAUCUUGAAGGUAACCCGAAAUGGCUUAAUGUGAUUUCAGAAAAAAUUUCCGAUAUAAUAACCGGAACUCAAAGCGAAUUAGAAGAUUUAAAAAGCAACAAACUCGUUAUUAUUAGCGACAUCAUAUCAAAUAUCGAUAAAACCAAACCUUACUACUCCGAACAUUGUAAAUUAAUGACCGAUUUUAAAUCCCUUAUUAAAUCGAUGGCAAAAAUCGAAGAAUACGCAAGCGAGGCUCAAUUAUUCAUCAUUGAUUAUCGUAAAUAUAUCGAUCAUUUCUCAAAUAUUUUCACGCGAACCCGCUCAGAGAUAUCGCGCGAGGACAUUGAAGCCGUCCGUUCGAGCGUUUAUUACCUGAAAGAUCACACCGCAACAAUUUAUGAGAAACUAUUGAAUUUGGAACAACAGGAAAAUGGUGGUCGCGUCGAACAGUUGAGAGAGACAAGAAGAGACAGUCAAUCGAAAAAUGUUAAACAAGAAAAUACGCGUGGUCAACAACGGAAUGCUUAUGCAGUUAGCGUUUGGCGAAGAGUACGACAGAAGUUGGAGGGAAAAGAUCCGGAUGUUGGGAGAAAAUAUACAGUCCAGGAGCAGGUUGAACAUGUAAUCAGAGAAGCGACAAGUCUUGAUAAUUUGGCCCUAUUGUACGAGGGGUGGACACCAUGGGUUUGAACGGCGACGAACGAAAAGCAGUUACCCUGCCUGGAUCUCUCUCUUGAGUAACAAAACGCAUCAAAUAAAAGGGCGUCCGUGUGCAAACAAAAAAUAAAUAAAUAAAAGGGCGCGCCACGAAGCGAACAGCAGCGUCUCCGUCGUCUAUAACUUUACUAGUUGUUGGAACCCAGUCGCUUAGUUUUAUUGCUGUUGCAAGAAUAAUUACAACUCUACCUGUUACAAUUACAACUGUCGCAAUUGCUGUAGCAUGUAUCCCAAAAAAUAUCCAACAAAUCUCUUAAAAAAGAAAAAAAAUUGAAAAACUAAUUAAAAAAAAAAUAAAUAAAUGGAAGGAAAUUAUGGAUGGGAUGAAGUAAGUACUUAUUAAGAAGGGGGGGGGGGUUUGUAUUUUUUUUGGUGAUUAAUAAUAAUAAUAAUUUUAAAAAAUGGGAAUCAGCAAAUUUUUGCAAUGUCAAUAAAACUAUUCCACUUGCUGAUGCCGUAUAAACACGUAAAGUUAAUGCUGCUUUUAAUUUUUAAUUGUCGGAGUGGACAAGGAGUAACCGCGUAAAAAGCGGUUCGUUACCCGUAAAAAUGUAUGUGGGGGAAAACAUCUAUCAAGUUUUUUUCAUAAUCAUAUCCAUAACUUUUUUUGAUACAUUUUUGUUUAUAAUUUUUGUUAUGAUUUCAAUCGAUCCAUCAUAACUUUUUCAGUCCAAUAGAUAAAUAGAACAGGAAGUAUGAUGUAUGAAAAUAAUACAGUAGACGAGUUAAAAAAAAUCUUUAAAUUAAAAUUAAAACCAUCACAUAAAUUUCACAUAUUAUUUCUUUUUGUUUCUCUUAAUAUGCAGCAGCCUAUAACAAUUUAUAAAAAUUCAGCCAUACACGACAAAAUUACCAUUGUAAAGCAGUUAUUAUUUUCUUUUAUUUUAGUGUUAACCUAUGUCUAUUCCAUAAAAAAAUAUUACUCCUUAUUUCCUAGAAUAUUUUUAUCUUUUAUUUAACAACGGUCUAUUGUUUGUAAUAACUAUUAAAAAACGGAUACAACAAGAGGAGAAUAGCGGUAAAAUUCUUUAGGAUGGAACAAGUUUUUUCAUUUUCAGCGGGCAAAUGGAUGGUAAUAAGAAUUUGUAGUGUUGAUGGUGAAUGUAAAAUGAUUUUCUUGCCCCUUUUUAAUAUCUAAUUGGAUUCUAUUACACUAUUCUUUCUUGUAGUAGUUGGUAUUAAAUAUAGGAUUUUCUGUCAAA